AUGGGCGUUCAAGGCGACGUAGAGGCCAAGAAUGGCGCUGUCUCAACCAGUGACACGGGGAACGGCGUGCUCAUCGACGCAGACGACAUCGCGAACCAGUAUGGCCAGACCCAUCGCGGCCUGUCCCCCCGCCACGUCCAGCUCAUGGCUAUCGGUGGCUCCAUCGGGACAGGACUCUUCGUCGGCAUCGGCAGCACCCUGUCCGAGGCCGGUCCCCUCUCCCUACUGCUGGGAUACCUGCUCUGGGGUGUUCUCUUCAUCUGGCCCUGCAACCUGUGUGUUGCCGAGCUGUGCAGCUACCUCCCCGUGCGCGGGUCCAUCUUCGAGCUGGCCGGCCGCUUCGUCGACCCUGCCAUGGGCUUCACCUUGGGCUGGACGUAUUUCUACGCGGGCACCAUGCUGGUGUGCGUCGAGUACAGCGCCGUCGCGACCGUCAUGGAGUACUGGCUUCCCGACGUGAAUGCUGCGGCGUGGAUCGUCAUGUCCAUGGUGGUCUGCAUUCUUCUCAAUGUCGUUGCCGUCAAAUUCUACGGCGAAGCCGAAUUCAUCAUGGCCUCGCUCAAGAUCCUCCUCCUAUUCGGCCUUGUCCUCAUCACGCUCGUCACCAUGUGCGGCGGCAACCCCAAGGACGACGCCUACGGCUUCCGCUACUGGAAAGACGGCAAGGCCAUGCUGGAAUACUACACGACGGGCGCCACCGGCCGCUUCUGCGGCGUGGCCAGCGUCAUCUUCUAUGCCGGCUUCACCAUCGCCGGCCCGGACAUGAUCGCCGUGGCUGCGGGUGAGAUCCAGAACCCGCGCCGCACCAUCCCCCGCGUCGCCAAGCUCAUCUUCUGGCGCCUGGUGGGCUUCUACGUCGUCGGCGUCUUCGCCGUGGGCAUCAUCUGCAGCAGCUCGGACCCGCGCCUGCUGGGCGCCAUCGAGGACGGCUCGGCCGGCUCGGCCGCGUCCCCCUGGGUGAUCGGCAUCCAGAACCUGGGCAUCAGCGGCCUGCCCGACCUGAUCAACUUCCUCAUCCUGACCUCGGGCCUGUCCUGCGGCAACGCCUACCUGUACGCCUCGUCGCGCACGCUGUACGGCCUUGCCCGCGACGGCCAGGCGCCCCGCUUCCUGCUCAAGUGCACGUCGGCGGGCGUGCCCAUCUACUGCGUCGGCACCGUCAGCCUCAUCGCCUGCAUCACCUUCCUGACGGCCUCCAACAACGCCAUCGAGGUCUUCUUCUGGUUCGUCGACCUGACCACCUCCGGCCUCAUCGCCACCUAUGUCAUGAUGAUCAUCACCUUCAUCGGCUGGUACCGCGCCAAACGUGCCCAGGGCUUCGACGACUCCAAGCUCUACUACCUCGCCCCGCUCAACCCCUGGGCCGCCUACUUCGCCGUCGUGCUCGGAUCCGCCGCGCUGCUAUUCAUCGGCUUCACCUCCUUCGUCCCCUUUGACACCCAGGGCUUCGUCACCAGCUACUUCUGCCUGCCCUACAGCUUCACCCUCUUCUUCGUCUGGAAGAUCUUCAAGAGGACCAAGUGGGUCGACCCCAAGACCGCCGACCUCAUCUCCGGCAAGGCAGAGGCCGAUUACGAGUGUCGUAAAUGGGAGGAGGGCGGCAUCGAGGCUAACUGGAAGGCCGAGUUGGCCGGCAUGUCGUUCUGGAGACGCGUCUGGGAACGCAUCUGGUAG